GGUUCUAUACCUCUACCCCUACCUUCCUCUGUGGACAUGCUAUCUACCUUAAAGAAUAUUGCCCGUACUUCUCUUCUUGCCUCGUCACAUAAAGAGAUAUCACUAUCACCACCACCUCACCCACCUCCCCCACCUUCUAUGAAACAUGAAGCACUUAUUCCACCACCUCCACCACCCCCACCUAUUAUUUCAGGGCAUGGUGCUUCUCCAGCUCCUCCCCCUCCCCCUCCACCCCCACCCCCACCCCCACCCCCACCCCCAUUAAUGCCCGAUGCAUUUCCUUCACCAUCUCUAAUGAAAACAGUACCACCACCCCCACCACCUCCGCCCCCACCCAUGUAUGGUGCAUCUCCAACACUAUCUUUAAUACAUCAAGCGCCAUCUUCAAUGCAUAGAGCCUCACCUCCUCCACCUCCUCCCCCACCACCUUCCAUGCGUGGAGUUCCACCUCCACCACCUCCUCCCACCCCACCUUCCAUGUAUGGAGCCUCACUUCCACCACCUCCUCCCCCUCCACCUUCCAUGUAUGGAGCUUCACCUCCACCGCCUCCUCCCCCACCACCACCACCUUCCACGUGUGGAGCCUCACCUCCACCACCUCCUCCCCCACCACCUUCCAUGUAUGGAGCCUUACAUCCCCCACCUCCUUCCCCCCCACCUUCUAUGUAUGGAUCACCAUCCCCACCCCCACCUCCUCCUCCUUUGCCAUCUUCGAUGUUUGGUGCAACUUCUCCUUUGACCCCUAUAAUGCGAGGGAUACCCUCUCCACCCCCACCACCUUCGAUGUGUGGGGCACCUCCACCACCUCCACCUCCACCUCCACCUCCAAUGCAUCAAGCUUCUCCUCCAUCAACUCCCAUGCGUGGGGCUCCCCCACCACCUCCACCUCCACCUCCACCUAUGCCUGGGGCUCCUCCGCCAUCGCCACCGCCUAUAUCGCGUGGUGCUCCACCACCACCACCACCUCCACCAAUGUACGGGGCUCCUCCCCCACCACCACCACCUCCUCCAAUGCAUGGGGCUCCGCCACCACCACCACCCCCUCCAAUGCGUGGGGCUCCUCCCCCACCCCCACCCCCUCCAAUGCAUGGUGUUCCUCCACCACCACCCCCUCCAAUGCAUGGCCCCCCUCCCCCACCUCCACCUCCAGGCGGUGGUAGAGCCCCUCCACCACCUCCCCCUCCCGGCGGUGGUAGAGCCCCUCCACCACCUCCCCCUCCCGGCGGUGGUAGAGCCCCACCACCACCUCCCCCGCCCGGCGGUGGUAGAGCCCCACCACCACCUCCCCCACCCGGGGGUGGUGGAGCACCGGCACCACCUCCCCCUCCUGGUGGAGGUCGUGGAGCACCUGGCCCUCCUAGACCUCCUGGGGUUGGACCUCCUCCACCCCCACCAUUAGGUGCUAGAGGAGCUGCUCCACCUGACCCGAGAGGUUUGUCUUCUGGGAGAGGGCGUGGGCUAUCACGCUCGACAGCUACAGCACCUCGAAGGUCCUCCUUGAAACCUCUACAUUGGAGCAAAGUAACGAGGGCUCUGCAAGGAAGCUUGUGGGAAGAACUACAGAGAUAUGGCGAGCCUCAAAUUGCACCAGAGUUUGACGUCUCUGAGUUAGAGACUCUCUUUUCUGCAACUGUCCCCAAACCUGCUGAAAAAUCUGGAGGCCGAAGGAAGUCUGUUGGAUCCAAAACUGACAAAGUUCACCUGAUUGACCUCAGGAGAGCUAAUAACACCGAAAUUAUGCUCACCAAAGUAAAGAUGCCACUACCUGAUAUGAUGGCUGCAGUGCUAGCAAUGGAUGAGUCAGUUUUAGACGUUGAUCAGGUGGAAAAUCUCAUAAAAUUUUGUCCUACCAAGGAGGAGAUGGAACUUCUUAAGGGAUACACUGGUGAUAUGGAUAACCUUGGAAAGUGUGAACAGUAUUUUUUGGAGCUGAUGAAAGUGCCUCGAGUCGAGUCAAAGAUGAGAGUGUUUUCUUUUAAGAUACAAUUUGGCUCUCAGAUAGUAGAAUUUAAGAAGAGUUUAAAUACUGUCAACUCUGCAUGUGAUGAGGUUAGGAAUUCUACCAAAUUGAAGGAGAUUAUGAAGAAAAUUCUUUAUCUGGGGAACACACUAAAUCAAGGAACAGCGAGGGGUUCUGCAGUCGGUUUCAAGUUGGAUAGUCUUUUAAAGCUUGCGGAUACACGUGCUUCUAAUAAUAAGAUGACGCUCAUGCAUUAUCUUUGCAAGGUCCUUGCUUCGAAGACACCGGCUCUUCUAAAUUUUCAUUUGGACCUGGGUAGCCUCGAGGCAGCAACCAAGAUACAAUUGAAGUCUUUAGCAGAAGAAAUGCAAGCUAUAAUCAAGGGGUUGGAAAAGGUCAGGCAGGAGCUUGUUGCUUCUGAAAGUGAUGGCCCAGUCUCUGAAGUUUUUCGAAAGACGCUGAAAGGAUUUAUUGCUAUUGCUGAGACAGAGGUGGCAUCGGUGACAAAUCUAUACUCUACUGUGGGUAGAAAUGCAGAUGCACUUGCACUAUAUUUUGGUGAGGAUCCGGCUCGUUGUCCGUUUGAGCAGGUUACAGUGACACUAUUGAACUUUGUGAGACUAUUUCGGAAAGCCCACGAAGAAAACUGCAAACAGGCUGAAUUGGAAAAGAAAAAGGCCGAUAAGGAAGCUGAAAUGGAGAAUGCCAAAGGAAUUAGCCUUACGAAAAAGAGCGUGAAAUAGGUGAUAAACUUGAGUUCUCCUUAGCAUGGGAGAUUGAGCUCUCAUCCUUCAUUGGCAGCGACUUGGUUGUCACCUUGCGGCCAAGGGGAAGCAUGCCGUGUGACCGAAGUGCAUCCAAUUGAGAUAAGUUCUGCAGUGUUUAAGGCCCCUCGAUGAACGUGGAUAUGAAACACAAUGGUCUGUUUAUUAAUCAUACGCCUGCAGAACUGUUGAGUUGGCCAACUUGUUUAUUUGUACAUAUCUGACCGGCUGCCACUUGAACCAACAAAAUCACGCCCCAACUCAACCGAUGUUUCACUCUUGAAUAGACAGAUCAAUCAAUCAAUCAUGGAGAGAGAUAAAUAUUGGAUGCUGACUGACUUAUCUUCGCCAAGCAAAGGUAUUCUCUAUGCUGGUAGGUGCAAUUCUUAUGAUGGAUUUGGCUCCUCCGGCAGAGUUAUUCAGAAGAGUAUUUUCAGUCCUAGAUCAGUGUUUUGAUUAAAAGUAGGCAAUUUGGUUUCGGCUUUGACAACGUAUGCAUUUGGCAUAAAAUUUUUGGGCAGAGAACAAAUGCGUCGAAAUUGCAUCCCCCUCGAAGUCCAGCCAUAGCACGAAACCAUGUACAGAGCUUCUCUAACCAUUCCAUACAUUAGAAUGUAAAAUUUGUUCUAUUGUUUGAUGAUGUAACAUGAAAAUAGUUUUUUUUCUUUUUCAUCCCUCUUUUAUCUGUAGAUUUUUUGACUCAAACCCGUCAUAGAAGGUGUUGUAUAGAGCAGAUUCAGAGAGUAAUUAGAAGACGGGUUCCCCCACCACUGUAAUUGUAACAUAAAAAUCGAAAAAUAUAGGCCACGUUUGAAGUCUUUUUGUUUCAUUCA